UUUCUCUUCAUGAACUCUGGCCUGGUAACCAGGCCACCUAACAAUAACUAAGCUACCGCCGAGCCCAUUGUUUUUCUUCCCUUCUAGAUGAUAUCUAUGAGAAGAUACUCCAGUCGUACAGAACCCCACCAUAGGAAUCAUAGCAAGAAGGAAACAGAUGGCCAAAUCCGAUGAAUAACCCUCCCCCCCCAAAUCGCCUCGUACCGCACUUCCUAUCCAUCCCGUUCUCGACGGCCCACGGAACAUGAGCGAGCUGCAGAAGAAGUGGGCCAAAGCAAGGAUCACCACAGCCAUGCACACGAUGGCACCGCCGCCAUCUCUCACCGACUUGGGCGAGCCCGACGAGGACCGAUACAGCUCGUACAGUACGGGCUCCGUGCCCAACACACCCCAGGACGACGACUCAUCGUCAGCUUCGUCGGUGUCGUCCACGGGAACCGUCAUCCCAUCGCCAGGGAGAGCACUCUUUGCCCGGCCACAAGGAUUCCCAAACCGCUCGCUCGACCCGAUCCCCUGGACGGCGUACUUUGAGCGCGAGCUGUUCCUUCCAUCCCCCGACGGCUCCAUCACUUAUCACGCCUACCUCACCUCUCCAGCGCCGGCCGCUGGCCCGGGCAAGGUAGGCGGGCCCUUGUUUGUCACCCACCACGGCGCCGGCAGCUCGGGCCUGUCAUUUGCGGUCCUCGGCGCCGAGAUCAGGAAGCGCUUACCUACCGCCGGGAUCCUCUCUCUCGAUGCAAGGGGGCAUGGCUCGACGACGACGACUGCGACUGCCGGUACUGCUGCUGCGGCGGCGACGCAGAGGGAGGGCGCGAUCGAAGAUCUUUCGCUCUCCACCCUCGCGUCGGACCUGCUGGCCGUCAUGAUGCUGACGAAAGCUGCCAUGCACUGGCCGUCCUUGCCGCCGGUCAUAUUGGUGGGCCACUCGCUGGGCGGCGCGGUCGUGACCGAGUUCGCCUCCGUCCUGCUCCCAAGCAUACGAUCCGGCCUUGCCCCCGCCCCUCCCGGUACCGCCGUCACCACCACCACCACUGCCACCACCACCAAUGCCACUGCUGCCGCCGCCAGGACGAACCUGGACCUCGACGUCCUGGGCUACGCGGUCCUAGACGUGGUCGAGGGGUCCGCCAUGGACGCCCUGCAGAGCAUGCACGCCUACCUCGCGACGCGCCCCGCCGGCUUCGAGUCGCUGCGCGACGCCGUCGAGUGGCACGUCCGCUCGCGCACCGUGCGGAAUGCCGUCAGCGCGCGCGCGAGCGUGCCCGGCCUGCUCGUGCAGACCCAGCACCCCGGUCACGGCCCCGGCGGCGCCGGUUCCGCCGAAGGCGGCCACGGGACCGGGUUGGGUCAGGAAGGAGGAGGAGAAGGAGGAGGAAGGGUGCCAGGCGUGCCUGUUGAUGACGGUAGAGGUGGUGGCCGUCAGGGUCAAGGUCAGGGCGGCGGCGGGAGCGGAAAGGCCGACAAGCCCUGGCGGUGGCGGACCGACCUGGCAAAGACGCAACCCUUCUGGGAGGGCUGGUUUACGGGACUGAGCAAGAAGUUCCUGGGCGGCAGGGGCGGCAAGAUGCUGCUGCUCGCCGGGACGGACCGGUUGGAUACCGAGCUGACGAUUGGCCAGAUGCAGGGCAAGUAUGCGCUGCAGGUGUUUCCCGAGGCCGGGCAUUUCAUCCACGAGGACUUGCCAGAGAAGACGGCCAUGGCGCUGGUGGACUUCCACAGGCGGAAUGACAGGAGCACGCUGGUACUGCCGCCCAAGGUAUCGGAUCUCCUGGCUCAGGGGAAGAAGGUAUAACACUGGUUGUGUAUAAGCGAGAGCAUCAAGCAGGCGCACUUUCGGGAUGGGGAGGAGGGGAGGGAGGGACCUGCAUUAUUAGCCUUGGCCAGUUGGUCACCGAGACGGGUCGGAGGCACAUUAGGAUAUCCGUUAGCAUACACGCUCUGGGAAACCAGCGUCGUUUUUAUCAGUCCUAUUUUUAUUCUCCUGAGCCGUCCUCAGCCCUACAAGAAAGAAAGAACGAACU